AGUAGUGUCAAUUUACAUCUCCAGCUGCAGAAGAAGCUUUUCAGCUGAAGAGGGAGGAUUGCUGUACCUGUAGUGCUGAGAAUUUUGAAGAGGAACUUUUCAAUCGCAGAUCUUGGACUGUGGUUUUGUAUAGUUUUUAGUUGUGUUUUGAGUUUUGUUCACACAUCCCAAUGGACUAUUUCCCAGAUUCUGUGUGGGUGUUCAUGCUUGCAGCCUGUGCCAGUGAAUCCAGAAUGCAAUGGCUGGAGGAGCACAGUGCUGAUACCAUGACACCACACACUAAUCUGCAGCUGGCCCGUAUACCUAGGCCUCGUUUGUAUCGCGAAAGACGUUUGCUAGAUGGUAUACGAGAGGAUAGUGUGGUAAAGCUUUACCGCCUUUCCCCCUCAGCAAUUUAUGAGCUAUAUGAGCUCUUACAUGAGGAUUUGGACACCAAAAUGCCAACAAACAAAGCAGUGCCUGGGAUGUGCAAACUUCUCGGUGCAUUGCAUUUUUUGGCAUCUGGCACAUAUCAGCCCACUUUAGCCGAAGUGGCUGGUAUGUCUCAGGCAACGUUUUCCCGUUGCCUGAACCAAUUUCUCAAAGCUAUAUUAAAACACACUGGGAAAUUUAUUAAAUUUCCCCAGUGUGAUGCUGAGUGGCGUGCUGUGAAGGGGGAUUUUUAUGAGCUUGCGCAAAUGCCCAAUGUGCUUGGUGCAAUAGACUGCACCCACAUUGCAAUGACUGCGCCAAAGCAAAUGGAAGAAUAUUACCGAAACCGUAAGUUCUUUCAUUCGCUUAAUGUCCAGAUGGUUUGUGAUGCAAACCUAAGGAUAAUGAAUGUGAAUGCACGCUUUCCUGGGUCCACUCACGAUUCCUUUAUCUUGCAGCAGUCUGCAAUCUGCCGUCUGUUUGAGGAAGGUGCUUUUCCAAACGGCUGGCUGUUAGGUGAUGCUGGAUACGGGAAUCGGUCGUGGCUGCUCACUCCUCUGUCAGAUCCACAUGGUACUGCUGAAAGGCGGUAUCAAAAGGCCCACAAAAAGACCAGAGUUGUUAUAGAACAAACUUUUGGCGUUCUUAAAAGCCGAUUUAGGAGCAUAGACCGCGGCAAGGGUCUUCUUCUCUAUUCUCCAUCCAAAGUUUGCAGUAUAGUAGUUGCAUGCAGCAUUCUGCACAACAUCUGUAUUGCAAACCAACUGGAGAUGGUGAUUGAUCCAUUGGUUCCUUUGGAUCUGAACCUCAGUUCAGUAGUACCUAAUGUGAUUGAUAUGGGGAGUGAUACCAGGCAGGAUGUAAUUGCGGGAUUCUUUAGUUCUUGAGUUCAAUUGUUUGGCAUCAAGUUGUGUUCUUCCGCCAGUUAUUUGUUCCCGAAUUUCCGCCAGUUAUUUGUUCCCGAAUUUCCGGCCUGUUGGCAAUUUGUUCUGGCAUUUUUCCAGUUGUCAUCAUUUCAUCAGUUACUUUCAAGGCCUUGUUCAGUUUGGCCUUUAAUAUAGCGGCUCUAUCUGUUUUGGAUAAUCUUUAGGCUGCGGUAUUUGCGAGCCAUCCCACAGGUAGUGCAGCUGAGUCACCUCACUGCUUGGCGAUUCCCUAUGUUGAUUUUGAAGGCCAAGCAGAGGGGCUAUGGGUCAGCGGAAUCCGUCACACAGCAGCCAGUGAUGUGCCUUAGGCCUUCCUGAAGCUGUGGCAGCUGUUUCAUUUGUUUCCUGCUCUGUGUAUAUCAGGAAGGAGAUUAAGGACACCAUCUCCAACAGAUGUUCCAGCAGAGAGUAGCUUCGCCUGUCAAGACCGCCCCAAUGGUACCCUUGGAUGGAUGAUGUCUGGCAAGCAGAGGGGCUAUGGGUCAGCGGAAUCCGUCACACAGGCUCGGUGGAUUAACUGGUAGCAUUUUUCCGAAGCACAUCCAAGUCAAUCACAAUUUAUCAGAAGAUUACCGUGCUGUGGAAAACCAGUUACAUGACACAUUUGUGUAGAACAAAAAUGUUUAAUAUGAGAGUCACCCAUUUAACAUAAGUUCUAUUAAACAAGAUAUGUUUUUUUUUUUUAUUUUUUUAUUGUUUUUUUUAAAGCAAAC